AUGUCCUGGCACAAUCGACACCCGAAUCUACGACCCGAGGAUUGGGACCUUUUGGAUUUUGACCAACAGCAGAAUGAAGUAUUUACUAUCACAAUCAAUGGUCAAUCCGAAGACAAUAGCAGCCCUGAUACGGAACAUUCUGUCACACCACAAACCAGUCGCAAAGUCGUCGAGGGAGAAGCUGACCUUGGCCAAUGGGUAGACAAGAUCUCUGAUAUUCAACGGAAACAGAAUGCCUCUACAUAUCAGCCAGGCGAUAAUGGCUCAACAAUCAAUUUGAUCUUGGCAUCACAGAUGUCAUCACUUGAUGAGCUACCGUUUUCACAGACCGCAUACUCGUGGAUUAUGACACAAAUGAAGAUACAUGGGUCUAUUGUUCGUGCUAUCAACCGCAAUACCCAAUUCUACAAUUGUCGAACGGCUGGUUCUUGGGAAGGUGACAUGGCACUAUCCGUCACUUUCUUUCCCAACACCUUAACGACUAAUGCCGUCUGGUAUGGCCUUGAUAUGAAAGAGCAUCGUACUUAUGGUCACAGUCUUACCAAUGCCGACAUCAUUACUAGCCGUUUAACAAACUUUGAUGGAAGUUGUCUCCAUCCCUUGAUCCUCCCAACUAUGUUUGCAGAAUUCGAAAGGGAGAGGCAUAUUGGCAUGGUCAGAAAAUACCACACUCAACUGGUUCAAAGGAUCAACGAUCUUGCAUAUCCCAGCUCGUCUACCAACAACAGUAAUGAAACCGAUCUGCUACGUAUAUCAACUGAGAGGAAAUCUAGAGAUUCUAACUUUACUGAGAGGUUAAGGACCUUGGUAUCUCAACUUUCCAUGAAUUCAAAAACAGGACAUUCUUCGCAUGUGGAAGAUAUCUCAGCCCAGGAAAAGACGUUUCAUGAAAGACCAUGCAAAGAAAAGAAGGAAGAUCCAGAACCAGCUGUUGUGUUGUGGCAAAACACCAGCUUUCUAAGUAACGGCCUUCUGAACUGGCAAACUCAAUUGACGAAGAUGCUUGAGCAAGUUCAAGACCUCGACGAUACGCAAUUCGGGGUCUCCACGAGUGAAUAUGACCCACAGGUUGAGUCGAAAUUGGCCAGACUUCGCGACGUCGGGCUCCGGAUCAAGACAAGGAUACAGGAUCUCAUCUAUGAGUACGAUGAGCAUAUUCGGCAAUGCAACCAUAUCACCGAAGGUCUAAGACUAGCAACACAGCUUGAACUCAAUGAUAUCGGCCACAAAGAUGCCAGGACAAAUCAAGAGAUUGCUCGUGUUAAUCUCAAGGUAGCUCAAAUGACGCGUCUGGAUAGCAGCUUGAUGAGAUCUAUAGCUACACUUGGAAUGAUUUUCCUUCCGGCUACUUUUGUAUCAACUUUCUUUUCUAUGGACUUUUUCCAGUGGUCAGGGGAAGAUGGAAAGAACCAAGAGCUAAUUUCUUCCUACUUUUGGGUUUAUAUCGUUGUUGCGAUUGGGCUGACGGUAUUGACAAUGUCUAUCUUCUAUACAUGUGUUUUGAGAACUCCUUCAGUUGACGUUGAUGAGGAGUCGACAUGUAGCUAG